UGAGAAAGUAAAACUAUACCAGGGAUGAUCUCCGUAUAUAUCCUCUUGUAUCAUCUUAUUUAUUUACACUCUUAAGAACAGUCAGUAUUGAGUUAAAGCAUCCAUGUCCUUCGGAGAUGAAGUUUAUUUGUUUGACCCUCCUGAUUAUUAGUGGAAUUACUUACUCAAGAUCAGACCAGUAUGAAGUCGUGGGACCUGCAGAUCGUGUAUUUGCUGUAGCUGGUGAAGAUGUGAUUCUGCCCUGUUCAGUCAAACCCAACAUCAGUGUUGUGGACAUGAGAGUGGAGUGGACUAGACCAGAUCAGAAAGACUCACUAGUGCAUCUCUAUGAGGAUUAUGAAGACAGAAACACAGAUCAGAUUGAGUCCUACAGAGGGAGAACAAAACUGAAUCAUCAAGAACUACAGAGAGGAAACACAUCACUCAAACUCUCAUCAGUCCGAGUCUCUGAUGAAGGACGUUAUAAGUGUUUUAUUCAGUCCAAAUCCUGGUAUAAUGAUGUUACUUUUGAUGUUAGUGUUGAAGCUGUAGGACGUCCUCCAGUGAUCACUGUAGAUGGAUUUGAUGAUUCAGGAGGGCUUCAUCUACAGUGUGAAUCUGAAGGUUGGAAUCCUGAACCUGAUCUUGAGUGGCUGAACAGUGAAGGAGUCAGUUUGACUUCAGAAACCACAGAGACACACAGAAACACUGAUGGAUUCAGGGUGAAACACACCGUCACUGUAUAUGAGAGAGACAGCAUAAUUCACUGCAGAGUCAAACUGAGAUAUCACAUGCUGGAGACAAUGAUUACAAGCUCAAAUAAAAGGUUUAAUCCUUUGAGGACAUCAGUCAUCUUGAUUUCAGCUGUUGUUGUACUCAUUGGGAUUGCUGGAAUGCUGAUAGCUGCAUUUGUUCAUAAAAACAAAGAGCUUGAUCACCUAAAGAAUGAGAACAGGGGAAUGAAACAAGAACAUAAUCGACUACAGAAGGAGCAGAGUGAAAUAAAACAAGAACAUGAUCGACUACAGAAGGAGCAGAGUGAAAUAAAACAAGAGCAUGAUCGACUACAGAAGGAGAAGAGUGAAAUAAAACAAGAAUGCGAUCAACUACAGAAUAAGAUGGCGAUAAAUGGCAAAUGACAUGCCCAAUGCACCCCAUUACUCUGACCCAUUGUCCAGUAUUUAUCUUUAGGAUUCUGUUCCACCUCUUCAUGUUAAUGGCCUAAUUACCACUCAGUUCACUCCUUUAUCUACACCUCAUUGUAAAAAACACCUUUUUUCCAUCUUCUUCUUUUUUUUGAAAGAAAGUACAAAGUUCAUUACAGAAUAUAUCUUUAGAUCAAUAAUAAGACAAAUAAUAUUAGUCACCACUUUAGAUAGCUUUAGAUUGAUCCAAGAUUUCUAAUUGCGCCCUCUUUCAAAAAGCCAAAAAAGUGCCUUUGCUCUCGCAUAGAUACACAGUGUCUCCACAGCAUGGCAACAACACUACUGCAAUACCUGAAACCACACCUUUUUUCUUUGUGUCUACAUUUAUUUGCGUAUACAUGUCUUAUGCAGAUAUUUCCAAAUAGUAACAUUCUCUUUUAGAUAGAAAAAAGCCUUCUGUGGGAGACUUUGUGACUUUGCAGAUAUUAUAAAGCACAAGCAGCUACAUAACACUAAAGAAAAUGAAACAUGAAAACGCAUAAUAGGACCCCUUUAAAUAGUCUGGUCUUACCUGGUUUCUAUUAUGCAGCAUCACCGUGUCUGUAUGAUACUGUAUCUUCAGACCGUAUUUAAGGAACAUACUGUAAAUCAGGCACGUGCACACACAGACAUCAAAGGGAGCUUGAGCACCUGCCCUUUUUCUUCCUUGCAAGAAAGUAUCCCUUUAUAUAUAUAUAU